CACACAAACCUAGAACCUAGUGCACCAAAAGGCCCUUUGAAGGCAGGUGUCUGUCUUCUUCUUCUUAGUAAUCAGCACUUAACACAGUAUAGGCAUCAGUGUUUAAGAAAUGAAAGAAUUAAAAAAAAAAGAAAUGAAAGAAAAAUUGGAUGGAUGGAUAGAUGGAUGGAUGGGUCCUCCAGUAAAUCCUUUCAGCUCUUGUAGUUUACCAGCUUGGGUGUGUCUCUUGCCAGACGGAAAAUCCUAAUGAACAGAACCUUCCUCAGUCAUCUUUGUGUCCCCAUACAGGGGCCAGCUCGGUGAAUGGGCAAUUCAUAUUUGGUUGAAGGAUGGAGUGAUAGUGAGAGGAGAGGGCAGGACUAAACCAGGAGUGGCCCCCGUAGAGGGCGCCCUCAGACAGGGACUUCCAGCUGUGGUGGGGGAGGGGCACCAGCUACACAGCUGCUUGCAUUUAAGGUGGACUAAGGGAUUUCCCCCACCCAGCCUCAGAUGUAGGGGGAGGAAGCACUCAGUUCCCAGUUUCACACCCACCCUUUCCACCCCUGCCACCAGGGUACAAAAGAAGAGACGGUAAUUUUUCUUUUUUAAGUCAGUGAGAGUGCCGGCACCUAGGUUAAAAACAAAACAAAACAAAAAUGUUGACUGCCACCUGAGACCAAGGCACGAGGUAAAGGGCUUUAAGCAAGAUUAUUCUCCCCAUUUCACAGAUAGAUGAAAUUGAGGUUUCCUUCACAGGUUCUGGCCGGGGUCCUCGCUCAGAGGUGCUGGCAGUAGGAGGGGAAAAUUCCUGUGAAACUGUUCGAUCCCUUCUUCCAAGGGGCCUCCUUAACAGCUGUCCUGCCGGCGUCGCCAGCUGCCCAGCCAGUUCCUGUCCCUUUCGGAGCCCGCGCUCGCCCCGCCUGACGCUCCGGGAGUCUGUCCUUCUUCUGGGCCCCAGGCCCACCACAGACGGAAUGGAGUUCUCGGAGCUGAUCCGUACCGGCCGGGCCCAAGCCAAGCUCCUGCGGGGUCCGGAGGCGCCCCCACUGCGUGGCACGCUAUGCGUCACCGGCCACCACCUGCUGCUGUCGCCGGGGCCCCAGGCGACUUCAGACCUGUGGCUGCUGCUGUUGCGUAGGGUAGACUCCAUCGAGAAGCGGGUCUCGGGUGACUCCGGCACCAUCACGUUGCGCUGUAAGGACCUGCGAGUGUUGCAGCUGGACAUAGAGGGCGUGGAAGCCACGCUGGACAUCGCCCGUUCCAUCGAGGCGCUGUCGUCCUUGGAAUCGGUCAUCACUUCCUUUCCGUUCUUCUACCGUCCCAAGGGCUUGAGACUGGGCGACGCCUGGCACUUCCACCCACCCGAACGCUACUACAAGCGAGUAGCUCGCGAGACCAACGCGUGGCGGCUGAGCGAGGUGAACGAGGACUUCAGCUUGUGCCCCAGUUACCCCCGCGCGGUGAUCGUGCCUCGCGCGGUAGACGACGAUGCCCUGGCGCGCUGCGCCCGCUUCCGCCAGGGAGGCCGCUUCCCUGUGCUCAGCUACCACCACGCUCCCAGCGGAACCGUGCUGCUCCGUUCCAGCCAGCCCCUGACUGGUCCCCAGAAAAGGCGCUGCGCUGAGGACGAGGAGCUGCUGCGAGCUGCGCUGGCGGGGGCUCGCCCUGGAGCCCGGGGUUUCAUCUUGGACACGCGCUCUGCUCAGGCCGCCAAACAGGCCCGCGUGACUGGCGGCGGCACCGAGGCCAAAGCCGCCUACCCGGGCUGGAAACGGCUGCACCGGCCCCUGGAGAGGGGAUGGCCCCUACAGGAGAGUUUCGUGCGCCUGGUGGAGGCCUGUGGAGACCUGGAGCAGAGCAUGGACCGCUGGCUCAGUCAACUAGAGGCCUGCCACUGGCUGGCACAUGUGAAGGAGGCACUGAGCACCGCCUGCCUAGCAGCCCAGGGCGUGGGGAGGGAAGGGGCCUGCGUCCUGGUGCAUGGGGCUGAAGGCACGGACAGCACCCUGCUGGUGACUUCGCUGGCCCAGCUCAUCCUGGACCCCUCGAGCCGGACCAUGGCUGGAUUCCAGGAAUUGGUGGAGCGGGAGUGGAUCCAGGCCGGCCACCCCUUCCAGCUGCGCUGUGCCCACUCGGCCUUCUCCCAUGCCCGCCCCAAGCACGAGGCACCCACCUUUCUCCUCUUCCUGGACUGCGUGUGGCAGCUGGGCCGCCAGUUCCCGCUGUCGCUGGAGUUUGGGGAGGGGCUGCUGUUGGCCCUGUUUGAGCACGCCUAUGCCUCCCCUUUUGGCACCUUCCUCUGCAGCAGCGAAAAGGAGAGAUGCCUGCUGUGUCAGCACCGAGGUCCCAGAAGACAUCUUUCCCUUUUGGAUGAGUUUCUCUUUGGGGAAAACUCCAGGGUUUUCUCCUCCCCUGCCUCCAAAUCUCACCCUUCCCCCUAACUUCUGCAAACCCAGAUUUGAAUGGGUCCACGGCCAGUCCUUCAGACCUACCCGCUCUGUUCAGAGCCAAGAGCAGACACACCCCUAGCUUAAAAACAAGGACUGAAGGGGGAAGUUGCUGCCGAAUAAGUCAUUUCUGGGGCUCUCUACCACUUUGCAGAGUUGAUUCUAGUGAAGCAAAGGAGUAGAGGUUGAAAACGGAGUCAAAUUGUUUGGGCUUAACUUCCGGCUCCAUCACUCACCUGCUGGUGAUCAUAGGAAACCUGUUUCCUGUUAGUAGCAAGGAGGCUUCUAGUAGCAGCGGGCAUGUCUGGGGGCUGGGGCUAUGUGUGGAUUAGCUGGGUUAAAGCAUGCGAAGUGCUUGGCACAGAGCCUGGCCCGUGGGCACUCCAGCUGUGGCUGUUCUUACGGUCUGGUUCGCCUGGUGCAUAUGCUCCCAAGCCCCCCCAAAGCCAUCUUUCUCUCAUCCGUCUGACAUGAGGGGAGGGUUCACUCCCCUUCUCACUUUUGUUGCUCAACCACCCCCCGCCCCAACGUUGUUUUCACUGACACCAUUACUGGGUCACCCCGGUUAGAAACUCUUAUCUCGAUGUAUCUCCCUCUCCCCUGCCCUUCAUAUACAGCCUUUCUCCUAAAGCUUUCUUACCUUGUCCUUUCCUGGCAAAGGCCCCUCCUACUGACCCCAGUCCAGACUCUUCUUUCCAUGUGGGCUGUGGGAACAGCCGCCUCACUGUUCUAUCACCAGUUUAAAAAACUCACCAACAGGGGGCGCCUGGGUGGCUCAGUUGGUUAAGUGUCCGACUCG